AUGUGGUCUGUACUUUCUGUUGGUGUGAUUGCAAUUCGACUCGCGACCACGGCUGUUGAAGCUGCUGUUGCACCAGGUGAAGUGAAUUGUCGCUACACUACAACAUCUAGCGCGAGUGUAAACUACUAUACAUGCACCGAGUUGGCGGACUGGUACUACAUAACAGUUGAGCAAUUCUUCUUGUGGAACCCGACCGUGAACAAGGAAUGCUCCAAUGUUAAGCCGAACACCGAGUAUUGCGUUGAUGGCUCCGGCUCUAUCGACCGAUGCGAUUCAUGUCUUCCUGGAACAUGCUAUUCUGGUGCCUGCUUAGGCUUUCCUUCGGAGUAUUCCAUGGAUGGCAAGUGCGGAUCACAAAAUAAGAACCUCAAGUGCGGCGGCAAAUGGGGCUCCUGCUGUAGCGCCGCCGGCAAGUGCGGUACGGGUGAAGAAUUCUGUGGUGUGAACAAGUGCCAGAGUGGCAACUGUACGAUGAUCAUUCCAUCAUGGACACCUCCCGAAGUGUCUUCCACAUCAAUGCCUGUUGCUGUUCCCACGCCGACAGCUGGGUCCAUCAGCCCCGACGGUAGCUGCGGGUUCGUAAAGACCAUCAUAAAACACCUCAACGUAGAUGCUAACCGAGAUAGCGGGACCAACAAAUUCGUAUGCAAGGGCUCCAAGUUCGGAGAUUGCUGUAGCUCCUCUGGCUUCUGUGGAUCUACUACUGCUCAUUCAUCCUUUGGAAAUUGCACCAGCACAGACAUCUCACCGGACGGCACUUGUGGUGGUACCAACAAAUACAAGUGUAAAGGAUCGGCCUUUGGCGACUGCUGCAGCUCCUCUGGAUAUUGCGGUUCUUCGACCACCCACUGCUCGACUGCUGGUUGCCAGACUGGGUUUGGCACUUGCACCGGGACCUCUCUCUCGCCCGACGUAAAAAGUACCAAUGUAAAGGCUCUGGUUACGGCGACUGUUGCUCAUCUUCAGGAUAUUGCGGCUCAACAAGUGGUCACUGUACCGCAGGCUGCCAGGGCUCAUUCGGGACCUGCACAGUCACUGACAUCUCGCCCGACGGUACCUGCGGUGGAACGAACAAGUACAAAUGCAAAGGCAGUCCCUUCGGUAACUGCUGCAGUUCAUCCGGGUAUUGCGGCGACACGACUGCGCACUGUCAAGCAGGUUGCCAAUCACAAUUCGGGACCUGCUCUGCUACGGCAUCAACAACCAAACCAUCAUCCCCAACCCGGUGUAUCGACAGAUGGCACAUGUGGCGGCUCCAAAGGGCCUCAAGUGUCAAGGGCAGCCCGUUCGGAAACUGUUGCAGCUCAGGUGGAUAUUGCGGCGAUACUGUUCAACACUGCGCACAAGGCUGAAAUCAUUCUCAAGGCGCUUGUCUUACAGCAAACGUCCCCACUCUCAACGGAGACUGCGGCGAUAGUAAAGGCGGGUACACCUGUGCCAACGGUCCUUUCAAUGGCCAAUGCUGCUCUACCGGAGGCUUCUGCGGACCAGCUCCUCGAUUUCGUGAUUCCCCCAAAGUUCAAGAAUCAUUACACAUUUGUUGAGAACAUAGUCACACAGCGCCUAGAAGAGAAGCGAAAGCGCGAGAAGGAGAAUACACCAAUCGAAAGAGAAGACACGCUUCACUUUUUAUGCAGCGCGAAAGACCCCGACACCGGUGCACCAGCUUUUGGCCGAAGAGACCUGCUGGGAGAAGCCAAUCUCCUAAUCAUGGCGGGCUCGGAUACGACGUCUAUUACGAUAAGCAGCUUGUUGGUCUACCUCACGCAUAAUCGGCGCGCAUAUCUGAAGCUGAUCGAAGAGAUCAGGGACAUGUUCCUUAGUGCUGAAGACAUUGUCCAUGGUCCCAAGUUAUUGACCGACUGCAAGUACUUGCGAGCUUGUAUCGACAAGACGUCGUGCGUCUCUCCUGCAGGUCCGAUCCAACUUGCGAGAGAGGUUUUAGCAGGAGGCACGUCUAUCAAUGGCGAGCAUUAUUCAGCCGGUGUUGUCCUCGGUACGCCUAAUUGGGCCAUGGGACGAAAUGAAGCGCACUACGGGGACGCGUACACCUUCGGACCCGAGCAAUGGGUAGUAUCGGAUGAGUUGGAAUCUUUUGUCGCUGACGACGUGCGCAGGCUGAUACGUAGCCUUCAUACCUUCUUCAAGAGACCUGGAGAUUGUGUGGGGUAG